UUCUCUUGUGUAAUUUGACGAUUUGCUCAUUUGUUUGAUUUUCCAGCUGUGUCAGCUGAAGAAAUGUAUUCAUGCACAUGUUAUGUUUCUCCCGCCCCUCUCUACACACACCUGCGAUUUCCACAAGGUUCAAAGAGGAAGGAAGGAAGCAAGCAAGCAAGGAAGGGAGGGAGGGAUCUUGCAGACACACAGCUCCAACCCACAAUUUAAUAUGUAUGCUUUUUCUUCAGUUCAUUUUGCCCAUGCCUAAAUGGCCACAUUCGUGCGAACACUAACGCGGAGAGAUUCGGAAUACUUUCUUUCUUUCUUUCUGUUUUUUUAAAAUACUUCUUUUGGAAUCCUCGAGUCGAUGGAAAUAAACGUACCAGACAACAUAUGGUUGGAUGCCAGCGAGCCUUUGCUGGGUGAAACGCGACUCUCGUGGAGAAACUCGACAAGUUCCGUGAUGUCUAUUUUCCCGCGUGGGAAGCUGCUGCUGGAGGUCCUCAUGGUGCUCAUGUGUGUCGGCGCAGUCACUGGAAAUAUCCUGGUCAUCAUGAUUGUGGUGGCAACAAAGACAUUCCACUGUAUGACGUCUGUGCUCAUUAUUAAUUUGGCAAUCAGUGACUUCCUGGUUGGCAUUGGUGUCAUGCCAUUCGUGGCUGUUUCUAUCAUGAAUAAUGGAUGGGUGAACUGCACUGAUUUAUGUCUUUACGUGGGUUACACCUCCUCAGUCUACUGCAGUGCUUCAGUUCUAACACUUGCAGCUAUUGCUUUGGAUCGCUAUUACUCCAUUGUGGACUGUCUGCGCUAUAAUUCACGCUGUACUGCAUGGCGAACUGGUGCAGCUGUACUAUGGAUCUGGCUGCAGGCCAUGCUCACCAGUUGUCCACCCCUCCUAGGCUGGAGUAACAUCAGCUUUGUGAGGCCUAUGUAUAGUUGUGCUGUCAACUGGGCUAGCAGUCCCAGCUAUACAGGCUUCAUGGCAGCCCUCUGCUUUCUCCUUCCAGCCAUAGUCAUUCUCUUUUGCUAUGUGAAGAUUGUGCGAGUGGCCCAGCACCAUGCUCAGAGGAUCCACAGCCUUCAGCAGCACUUUCAACACAGCAGGGGCGACCACAUAUCCCCACCAUUUGAAUCAUCCCACCAGUGUUCAGCUGCGGACCUGGAAAUGCAUGACCCAUCCAGGCUUGUGUACUAUGUAAGUGGGAGGUUUGUAUCAGAAUCUCAAUUCAAUGUUCCUCAUACUGAAGCAGAUCUGGCUGGAGAACCAACUUCACAACUUGAAGGGAAAACCAGCUCCAGACAUUCCAGUCGACUUCUGCAUACCUUCCUUGCUCAUUUCCAGAGUGGUAGCACUCUGCCAAACAGUCAUCCCCAGCAACAUGGUGUUGUGAGACUGUUCAUGGUCAUUGCUGCUUUCUUCUUGUGCUGGACACCUUACAUUGGAGUUGCUCUGGUGCAGGCCACAGAGACUGCCCUCUCCCGAUCAGCGAGCCAGGUGCCACCUGCUGCUGUCACUUUCUCAUACUGGCUUGUGCUGUUCAACUCAGACAUCAACCCAUUACUGUAUGCUCUACUCAGCAAGCGAUUCCAGGGGGCAUUGAAGAACCUCAGAAAGAAGAUGCAGGCCAGGUUUGGUAUGGUUCAAAGGAUAGAAGAGGGAAGAACAGAUGGAGAAGGGGGAAGGUUGACAACUCCCAAUAAUGUCACAGAUCAGCAUCGCCAAGAUAUUGGACCCCAUCAGAAUGGGUCUGUGUACUCCUCUGUUUUUACAAUGAAUACGACUUUUCCCAAAAGCUAUAAGCAAGAAGCAAACGAAGUCCUUCUACCAGGGAGUAUGUUAUCGUCAUCUUCCUUUUCUACGUCUUCCUCGUCUCUUUCCCUUUGUCAUAAGUGCAGCAAAAAUACGCCAGGAAAGUCAGACUGCCUGCAGGUUCCCUCCAAGCCACCAGGGUGGGACAAACUACACAGUACCUCUGUAAUCAACGAGAGACAUGCAACUUUUUUUUAUGGACAGAUUGCAGUACGAGUGGAACAGGAAAUUAGCUGAGCCUGCCUCUGAGGUUUUGACUACAAACAAGCUGGAAAUGAACCUGCGUGGUACUUGAACUAUUGUAUUUUAGGAGUUAAUUGCAUUUGUGCAUCUGGUUGCUUGCAAUGAUAUUUGACUGUAAAUUAUUAUUAUUUAUGCAGAAUUUAAUAUUAUAGUUUCAUUUGGUUUGCAUCCCAGUUUAGCUUAUGACACAAAUAAUAAUAAAUAAAUAAAUAAAAAUUUAAACUGAAAUAAAUAACUGGCAAUCCAAAGCUUUAUAAAAGGUGUUUUAUGUCAUGAGAGACUAAUGGGGGGGUAGCUUUUAGUAAUGUUACUAACACUGAAAUAUUACUAUGUAAUUAAAAGCCUGUUUUUGUGAAAGUAUGCUUGGGUGUGUGGUUACGUGAAAUCCAUCCUUAAAUAAAGCAUUGAACAAAUAAGACUUUGUUCUUGUAGGCCCUGUAACAUCUAGUCAACCUGAACACUAAUAAUAUUAACAGUUAUUAGUAAAACAACACAUCUGAUUUUAAAAAAACAAAAACAAAAAAAAAGUUUGGAGUAAUUAAGUUAUGAAAGAAACAAAGAGAUAGACAAUAAUGGGGCUCACUAAUGGACAGAGGGCAACAAUUUGAGGCAGCGAUGUAGUGGAGUGGAAAUGAUAUGGGUUGCUAUCAUUAAUGAGUUGUAUUCAGUGGAGUGUGAUCUCAUUUUAUAUGUAAAGCUGAUUACUGAUUCAGUUUACCUCAUUAUUACAAAAUGAGCAUGUACUACAUGCAUAGGCUUCAAAAUUUAAAGUCCAAGAAAUGUUCUCAAAGUCUUCUCCCAUUCCAAGAACUGGAAUAAGACUUGCCAUUCAUAAGAAAAAGGUUCAACCCCUUUAAAGUUUCAAGCAUUUUUUGUAUUUUUUGUAUUUGCCUUCAACAGAACAACAUGAGGGAGGUCUGAAGGGGAUCUAACACUGGUUAUCACAUUGGACACGGUGGUAGCAUCUGCUAUCUUCUAUGCAGUAGUUUGCUGGGGAGUUGAGUGCACAGAGAGGGACAGGAAACGCCUCAACAAACUAUGUCUGUGUCUAUCAGGAGCAAUUCCUCUCACCCCCUGUAUGAGGUUCUGGGGUCCCUGAGCAGCUCCUUCAGCGACAGACUGCUGCACCCUCAGUGCAAGAAAGAGCGCUACCGCAGGUCGUUCAUCUCUACAGCAGUCAGACUCUUUAAUGCAACAACAACAUAAUGUAGCACUGCUAACAGUUUUUUUUUUUUUUGCAUCAGCAACCCACACAUUAUUAUUAUUUGUUGUUCAGCCCUCUAUUAAUAAUCCAUUUAUCCACUCAUGUAUAUAAACAAGGUGUUACACAUCUGCACAUAUUCACAAUUAUACACAUACAUUGAGGUGUCCAUAGUGUACAUAUUGCCAUUAUUAUUUUUUUUUAUUAAUUUAAUUCUUAUUUUU